AUGGCUAACCUCAGUAAUCCCGUUACGAGUAGUGACAACACGGGUAAUACUCGAGGUUUUGAGGAAUUCACCAUAGACUCGUCGCAUUCACUUUAUGUUCACCCGUCCGAUAGUCCUAGUAGUCAAUUGGUUUCAAUACCUUUUAAUGGGACUGGUUUUGUUCAUUGGCGAAGUAGUAUGGUGACAUCUUUAUCUGCAAAGAACAAAUUAGGAUUGAUAACUGGGAAAAUAGCUAAACCUGACACUAAUUCACCUUUGUACUCAUUUUGGGAAAGAUGUAACGACAUGGUGAAAGCCUGGAUCAUUAACUCCUUAACUAGAGACAUUGCUAUCAGUGUAAUGUGCCUUCCCACUGCUAAAGAAAUUUGGAGUGAUAUAAAUGACAGAUUUCGUCAAUCGAAUGGUUCCAAAUAUAUCCAAAUACAGAGGGAAAUUAGUUCAACCUCUCAAGGUUCCUCUGAUAUUGCAACCUAUUUUACAAAGAUGAAGAGUCUCUGGGAUGAGCUAUCCUCAGCUUAUGUUGGUCCAACCUGCUCUUGUGGGGCACUUCAUAAAUUCAUAGAGGACCAAUAUCUAUUUCAGUUCCUUAGUGGUUUAAAUGACUCCUACUUAACAGUGAAGAGUGGAAUCCUGAUGCUGUCACCUCUUCCCUCUAUUAGUAAGGCUUACUCACUUCUCCAACAUGAUGAAAGCCAGAAAGAAUCUCACCCCAUUGGUCAGGGUUUUUCUGGUGACUCACUUUCCUUUUCUGCUUCCACUAGCUCUAAUAGGACUUAUAAUCAGAAGGUGAAUUUUGAUCCCAAAAGGAACUCGUCUAGCUCAACUUCACUAUUCUGCAAGUACUGUAAAAGGCCUGGGCAUGUUAUGGAGAAAUGCCACAAACUCCAUGGAUAUCCACCUGAUUUCAAAUUCACAAAGAAUAAGAAAUCAGCUUCGUGUGUUCAAACAGAUAACUUCAUUCCACCUGGAGUUCUUGGCAGAAUUCCUGAACCACCUAUAUACCAUACUCCUAAUUCUCCAGUCUAUGUGUUGAACAAGGAGCAGUAUCACCAUCUCAGAAACCUCUUCCAUCAUACUCAUUUAACUCCCACUCCUGGUCCUUCCUCUGGAGAAUCUCAAGCCACUCAUGGUCAUGCCAACUUUGCUGAUGGAGAUUCUGCUCACUUUGUAGGUGUGUGCAAUAUGCCUAUUUCCCAAUAUCCUGCAAUAAAUUCUAUUGUAAACUGUUUGUCUGCUCAGUUAGGUAGAAGUCCUUGGAUAUUAGACUCAGGUGCCACUAAUCAUAUGACCCCACACAAACAUUUUUUACAUGAUAUUCAACCCUUGUCUAGACCUUACUUAAUCACUUUACCCAAUGGAUACAAAGUGAAAGUUGUUUCAACAGGAUCACUGUCUUUGCAACAUGAUAUCACUUUGGGCCCUUCUCUGAAGAGGCCAUUGGAAAUUGGUAAAGCUGACCAUGGUUUGUAUUUUCUUUUACCUGAACUUAGUGAUACAUCUCAUUCUGUUCUUCAUGAUCCUGUUAGUACUGUCCCUAGUAUUCUCCAUUAUGAUUUCUCCAGAGUCACUUGGACCCAUUUACUUUCAUCUAAAAGCAAUGCCUUUUCUGUUAUUAAGGCCUUUGCCACUAUGGUUAAGGUCCACUUUCACUCCUUUGUUCAAACCAUUAGAUCAGACAAUGCUUUUGAGUUGGGAGGCUACCCAUGUGGCAAGAAAGGGUACAAGUUACAGAAUUUAUCAAAUCAUUCUAUCUUCUUCUCUAGAGAUGUACUCUUCUAUGAGCACAUUUUUCCCUACUCAACUUCCUCACACCCUUCUGUCUUUCCUCCUGCUGCUCCUCUUUCUGAUGAUACUCUUCCUCCUAUUUCACACUCUUCUCCUGCACCUAUCACUCCUGCUGUUCCUUUACCUGAUGACCAUGUUACACCUCGGAAAAUUUUCGUUCGUGUACAGUGA